AUGAGCAGAAGAUCUGAGUAGGUUCACUCCGUCACUCAGUGACUCUUAACUGUAUAAUUUUAAAGAUUUAUAAUAUACGUGAACAACUCGCCAGCACCAGCCAUGGACAAGGACAAAAAACACCAGAGUGUGGAAAAAGAGGUAGAAACUAGAGUCCAACUAACCGAGGCGGCUCCUGCGACAAGCGCUACAGCCGGUCUGUUUACGGGCCCUGGCAACCUUUACUCUGCCAUCCUGAGCCGUAAUGAAGCUGUCAAAGAUGCCAAGCGACUAAAGGACUUCCUGGAGCUUAGGGACAAAUAUGUGAAGAAGAAAGUGCUGUUUAAGGACCCUUUGUUCCCUGCUGAUGAUUCCUCUCUCUAUUUUAAUGAGGAGUUUCCCCUCAGUCUAGUGUGGAAGCGUCCUAAGGAAAUUUGUCAGAACCCACAGUUCAUUGUUGGAGGAGCUAACAGGACAGAUAUUUGCCAAGGAGACCUGGGUGAUUGCUGGCUCCUGGCUGCUAUUGCUUGUCUGACUCUGAAUGAAACGCUUCUGUACCGGGUUGUUCCACCAGACCAGAGCUUCACUGAGAACUACGCUGGGAUUUUUCACUUCCAGUUUUGGCGCUAUGGUGAGUGGGUGGACGUCCUUGUGGAUGAUCGGCUUCCGACGUACAAAAACAACCUGGUGUUUACCCACUCUGGAAAUAAAAAUGAAUUCUGGAGUGCUUUACUGGAGAAGGCCUACGCCAAGCUGCAUGGAUCAUACGAGGCACUACGAGGAGGAAACUCUUUGGAAGCCAUGGAGGAUUUCACCGGAGGAGUGACAGAGUAUUACGAGAUUAAAAACGCACCUAAAGAAAUGUACAACAUCAUGAGGAAGGCGCUGGACAGAGGGUCUCUAAUGGGAUGCUCUAUAGAUGCUUUAGUCCCAUCUGGUAUGAUGACCAAAACAGCCAGUGGUCUACUAAAGGGUCACGCUUACUCCAUUACUGGUGUUGAGCAGGGUAAACAGCCGAGCGGCAGGGACACUCGUAUCCGCCUGGUCCGUGUUCGUGACCCCUGGGGAGUCGCUCCACCUCCGUCCUGCAAAUCUAACGACUGGACAAAACUCGCGACCUCCGAAAACGACAAACAGAGACUGAAGCCGACGGAAGCAGGAGAAUUCUGGAUGAACUUUGAGGAGUUCCAGAAGAACUUUACCAAGCUGGAGAUCUGUAACUUGACCCCUGACACCUUGCAGAAUGAUGAGAUGCUCAAGUGGACAGUGUCGGUAAAUGAGGGCCGCUGGGUACGAGGGUGUUCUGCUGGUGGCUGCAGAAAUUUCCCAGAGACGUACUGGACAAACCCUCAGUACCGGCUGCAUCUGACUGAGGAGGACGAUGAUGAGCCUGAACAUGGGCAGAAGGGCUGCACUGUGGUGGUAGCUCUCAUGCAGAAGGGCAGAAGGAGGGAGUGCUUCACAGGAGCCACCCUGCAUGCCAUUGGAUUUGCCAUCUAUAAGGUUCCAAAGGAGAUGCACGGCAACAAGCAGCACGUACCGAAGGACUUCUUUCUGUACAACGCCUCCGCGGCCCGCAGCAAGACCUACAUCAACCUGCGAGAGGUCACCGAGCGCUUCUGCCUGAGCCCCGGGGAGUACGUCAUCAUCCCGUCCACCUACGAGCCCCACGAGGAGUCGGACUUUCUUCUGCGGGUCUUCUCUGAAAAGAAGAGCACGUCAGAGUUGAUGGGUGCAGUCAUUGAGGCAGACCCCUAUCUGAUGGAUAAUGACAAGAAAAAGAAACUCAAGCCGUUUGAGGAGGAGGAGGAGAGCGAGGAGGAGAAACAGUUCCGAGCCAUAUUUCAGCAGAUCGCUGGGGAUGACAUGCAGAUCAACGCUAAAGAGCUGAUGAGCGUCCUGAGCAAGGCAGUGAGCAAACACAAGGAGUUGAAGACUCAAGGGUUUAGUCUGGACAGCUGCAGAAGCAUGAUCGCACUCAUGGAUACUGAUGGGACCGGCCGACUAAACCUGCAGGAGUUUAAGCACUUGUGGAACAAGAUUAAACAGUGGAAGGUCAUUUUCACUCGCUAUGACACGGACAAAUCCGGCACCAUCAGCAGUUUUGAGAUGAGGAACGCUGUCGCUGAUUCUGGUUUUCAGCUCAAUCCUCAGCUUCAUGAGAUCAUCGCCAUGAGAUACGCCAACGAGCAUCUCUAUCUGGAUUUCGACAGCUACAUUUGCUGCUUGGUUCGACUGGAGGGCAUGUUCAGAGCGUUUAAAGCCUUCGAUGUUGACGGAGACGGACUUAUAAAGCUCAACGUUCUGGAGUGGCUUCAGCUGACCAUGUACGCAUAGUGGGAAAAGAAAUAUAUAAAGGAUGCUGUGGACGCUCUGCAGAUCGUAUCGAUGCAAAAACACCAGACUAACCAGGACUACUGCCAGAUUUCAUUUCAGAACUGCUCAGAUGAUAAACAUGUCUGUUUAUUUACUCGACUUCAUUUUUUAUGCUUCUUAAACUUGUGAGAUUAACUCGGCUCUUCUGUUACGCUCGUUUUUGUAUUGUGAAGGUUUGAGACAGCUGGGUGACUCGGCAAUGUUGAACUGCAAUUCUGAUUAUAGUAUUUAAUAACACCACUUUAAUGGAAAUUCUUUUUUUCAUUUUUAAUUAAUAUUAAUUAAUUAUACCAAUGAAAACCUUGCCAGUAAGUUGAUUGGUUUCUUUUAAUUGCCACCAGGUGUGACUGACUGAUAAAGUUUGUAAGUGUAUGAUGCCGUAGGAUUCGAUAGAUUGGUAUCAUGUUUAAGGUGUUUUUAUGCUUUUUACCAAGUGCUGCAGUAACUGAAGAUGAUUAAAUGCUAAAUAAACGUUUAGAUUUUCCAAACCUAUACAGUUAAAAGUAUGUGGACACUGGAGCUUUAGCUUGGUAGACGUCCCAUUUCAAAACUGUUUAAUAAUGUUUUACAUUAUUUCACAACAUUUUUCUUUGAAAAAAUGCCAACAUAUUUCAGUUUCUUUAUUAAUAUAUCUUCAGAAACUACUUUGUACUGCUGAGGGUUAUAAAAGGUCCAGAGCGUAUCUCAUAAACACCAAGCAUAAGACAUGGGUGGCAUCUGCGUGCAGUAACUGGAUGAAAUUAAACUUCAUUUUUUAUCUUUGUUCAACAGUGAAUCUAGUACCACACACACUUAACUACUCAGAAUGUGUUUUGGUCGAAUCCAAUUGCCCGAUUGCGUCAUGCUUCCUCUCCACCAAUGCCGAUCCCCGCUCUGAUUGAGGAGAACGAGCUAACCCACGCCCCCUCCUCACAUAGGCAGCAGCCGUAUGCAUCUUAUCACCUACACUUUGACGAGUGCAGUGCAGCUUACAUUGUGUAUGGAGAGACACACCCUGAGAGCACUCUUUUCUCAUCUCUGUGCAGGCGCCAUCAAUCAGCCAGCAGAAGUCAUAAUUGCACCAGUCAUGAGAGAGAGAGACUCUAUCCGGCUUAAUCCCGCCCCUAUCUAAACAACAGGCCAAUCGUUGUUCAUGUGGCCGCUCAGCCUCAGCCGGCAAGGCAGAGCCGAGAUUCGAUACGAUGUAUCCGAGAUCCCAGCUCUGGUUCCAGCGUGUGUUUUUACCGCUGAGUUUUUAACCUAGAAUGAGUAAAUACAUGAAAUACAGCAGCAUGGAGAACAUGCUAAAGUGCGAGAACACUGGGCACAGUCUAGUGAUUUAUCACAAAAUGUUCUUUUUAAAAUUAAGAAUAAAUGGAGGUAACAGGAAUGAACGUGGAGACGAAUCUUCUCAGAGUUACAAUAUUAUCAAACAUACCGGGGGAAAAAGGGAGAACCUACUAAUGCUCCUCCUGUGAGCUUCAGUAGAUACAGAUGCUGUACAUUUCUGUUCAAAAAAUGUUUAUUAUCAGAAGGAUAAAUAUGUGAGGGUAACAGGACUGAGGGACUAAAACUAAUGUGGAUUUUAACCACAUUAUUCUACAGUUAUUAUGGAUAAAUAAAGAUUUAAAAGAUAGACGGGAUCUGGAGUCACCAAACGAUGCAGGAAAAAAGAUUUUACUCUAUUUUUCAGAGUAAAGUGUCGUGUUAGAGAGCGGGGACAUGAACAAAUACUAUAUUUUUUAGUGUUAUGGGAGUUGUUAUUAACAUUUUAAAUCAUAUAUCCUCAGUUUGCACUUAGAUGAAUGUGCAGGACAUUGCUCAAUUAAAAAAAAUGCAUUUUAAAGUUAAUUUUAAAGUUAAAAUGGCACCAAUUCAGCGGAACGGCCAAUGAACACACUGAAUAGGAUACAGUUCAGCACAGGCUACAGAGUUUAUGUACUCGCUUACUUAUCUACAUCUGAUGUAAUAAUAAUUCAUUUAUAUCCAGUGACCAUUUUAUCUUGGGGGCUCUCGAAUCACGGGUGCAAAUCAUUAUUAGGGCAUCACUUACAUCAAUCCACCAACUGGCACUUAUUUUUUGAAAGUGGAAGGACUAUGAAGACUGGCAGACACAGGGAGAACAUGCAAGGUGUGGUCAAGGACUACCAGCUGCCAGCUACAGCCCUACCCUGCUGGGUUUUAAUCCCUCCUGCUCAGAAAAUUAAUUACCAAGCUGUGUAUGAGCUAGAGAAGAUCCAAGACUGAACUCUGCAGGGUUGUGUGGAUGGGAAAUCUUGUCCUAGGGUUCUACGGCAGCACAGGAGAGGGUCUGGGUGCAUGCAUAAUCCCUAUAAAUCUGCACUUUUUAUGUCAAAUAUGGCACAAACCAGAAUUAAAUGCUAUGUAUGUACUGUGAA